UAAAUUUCGACAUCGCCUUCGCACGUGCAGUUGCUGGCUUGAAAAAAUUGAAAGGCAGAAUUUUUGUCCUUCGAGGAGACUUCGUUUCACUUAAUUUUCAGCUCUCUACACAUCGAUCCUUAGAGAAACAUGGCAGAAAUUGAAGAAGUGCAGCAAAUGGAGGAGGAAGCUGAAGCCGAAACCUUCGCUUUCCAGGCAGAAAUUGCCCAGUUGAUGAGCUUGAUCAUCAAUACUUUCUACUCGAAUAAGGAGAUCUUUCUUCGAGAAUUGAUCUCAAACGCAUCUGAUGCUCUGGAUAAGAUUCGUUAUGAGAGUUUGACAGACCCAAGCAAGUUGGAUUCCUGCAAGGAUCUUAAAAUCGAGAUCAUUCCCUUGAAAGAACAAAACUGUUUGAUCAUCAGGGAUACUGGUAUUGGUAUGACCAAGGCUGACCUGGUCAACAACCUGGGAACCAUCGCUAAGAGUGGUACCAAGUCUUUCAUGGAAGCUCUUAAGGCUGGUGCAGACAUUUCUAUGAUUGGUCAAUUUGGUGUCGGUUUCUACUCGGCUUAUCUGGUUGCAAAUAGAGUAGUAGUAUACACCAAACAUAACGAUGAUGAGCAGUACAUCUGGGAGUCUGCAGCUGGUGGCUCAUUCACAGUUCGCCGUGAUACUGGAGAACCUCUUGGGCGGGGUACCAAGAUUGUCCUUUACAUGAAGGAGGAUCAGACUGAAUACCUGGAUGAUAAGAAAAUCAAGGAAACCAUCAAGAAGCACAGCCAAUUCAUUGGCUAUCCAAUCUAUCUUCAGCUUGAGAAAGAGCGAGAGAAGGAAGUAAGUGAUGAUGAAGAGGAAGAGGAGAAAAAGGAAGAGGAGAAAAAGGAAGAGGAGGAGGAAGACACAGAAAAGCCAAAGAUUGAGGAUGUCGAUGAAGAGGGAGAAAAGGAAAAGGAGAAAAAGAAGAAGAAAAUUAAGGAAAAAUACACUGAUCUAGAGGUGCUUAAUAAGACCAAGCCCAUCUGGAUGAGAAAUUCUGAUGAGAUCACGAAUGAGGAAUAUGGAGAGUUCUACAAGAGUUUGACCAACGACUGGGAAGAUCACUUGGCCGUCAAGCACUUCUCCGUUGAAGGGCAGUUGGAGUUCAGAGCACUGCUGUUUGUCCCACGAAGAGCUCCUUUCGACCUCUUUGAGAACAAGAAGAAGCGUAACAACAUCAAGUUGUAUGUACGCAGAGUAUUUAUUAUGGACAAUUGCGAGGACUUAAUUCCUGAGUAUUUGGGAUUCAUUAAGGGUGUUGUCGACUCCGAGGAUCUGCCUUUGAACAUUUCAAGAGAAAUGCUUCAGCAGAACAAGAUCUUGAAAGUCAUCCGCAAGAACCUCGUCAAAAAGUGUUUGGAACUUUUUGCAGAAAUUGCAGAGGACAAAGACAAUUACAAGAAGAUGUAUGAGCAAUUCAGCAAGAACAUUAAACUUGGCAUCCACGAAGACAGCGUCAACCGAAACAAGAUUGCUGAAUUAAUAAGAUACCAUUCCUCUACAUCUGGUGACGAGAUGACAUCAUUAAAGGAUUACGUUUCACGCAUGAAAGAAAACCAGAAGGAUAUCUACUUCAUCACUGGAGAGAGCAGAGAUCAAGUUGCACACUCUGCCUUUGUUGAAAGAGUCAAGAAGCGUGGAUUUGAAGUGCUCUACAUGGUUGAGCCCAUCGAUGAAUACGCUGUCCAGCAAUUGAAGGAAUAUGAUGGCAAGAAAUUGGUCAGUGUAACCAAGGAAGGUCUGGAGCUCCCAGAAGAUGAAGAUGAGAAGAAGAAGCGUGAAGAAAAGAAUGCACAAUUUGAAAAUCUCUGCAAGGUUAUCAAGGACAUCUUGGACAAGAAGGUAGAAAAGGUUGUGGUCUCAUCUCGAUUGGUGUCAUCACCAUGCUGUAUCGUCACCAGUCAGUUUGGAUGGACAGCCAACAUGGAACGUAUCAUGAAAGCCCAAGCCUUGCGUGACAACAGCACCCUCGGAUACAUGGCUGCCAAGAAGCAUCUCGAAAUCAAUCCUGAUCAUUCCAUCAUGGAGACCCUGAGAACCAAGGUUGAGACCAACAAGAACGACAAGUCUGUCAAAGAUCUUGUCAUGCUUCUUUACGAAACUGCUCUGAUGUCAUCUGGAUUCACCUUGGAAGACCCACAGGUACAUGCUGGACGUAUCUACAGAAUGAUCGGACUUGGUUUGGGAAUUGAUGAGGAUGCCGAGGCAGAAGCUGCUACUGAAGAUGCCAGUGUAGAAGACAUGCCACCACUUGAAGGAGAUGAAGGAGAUGACUCGUCCAAAAUGGAGGAAGUUGAUUAAGAUGUUAAAAUGAAGCUCAAUACUUGACCUUGCAUACUUAACUGCUUAUUAGGAGUACUCUAUUAUGCAUUAAUGUUUGUUGGUCAUAUAAAGAAGCCUGUAAGCCAAGAAGCAUUGACCUUACAGAACAUUAGAAACACUGCGUUCGAGUUAUCUUGUCAUACCAAGAUUAAAGUGAAAGAUUUGAUUAACUUCACUAGUUAUAUUUAGUUUACUCCAGCUUCAUCAUUGCCUAGUACAAGCCCAAGGUUUUUUUCAAGUAACUUUGUGCUUUAACUUUGACUGUAAGCAUUCAGUAUUUGAGGGUGAGAAAUAAAAGUUCAAGAUUAAUAAUUUUGGUCUAUUUGUAGCAUUCCUUAAAUUUUAUCUAAGGUGUUUAAUUCUAGCUAUGUUAGUAGCCAGUUAAAUAGUAGGCAGUUGGCAAAAAAACCUGGCCUUGCUUUAUUUGCUUGACAUAUUUCACAGGAAGUUUUUAAGUUGGAGAUUACCCAAGAGUGAAGGGCUGACCCUUCCUAAUCUCUUGCAAACAAGCGCCCCUCUUAAUCCACAGCUCUGCACGUGACAUACAACUAGAUCCUCGAGAAACAGUUUCAACUAUUCUGUUGUAUUUCUUUGGCUCUCCGGUAACUAUUUUUUUACAGUGUAAAAGAAGAAAACAUCGCGUACCAGAAUAAAAUCUUUUGUUUAUCCUUAA